AUGCUUCUGCAUCACGCUUCUCAGAUAGGUUUGAAGGAGCUUAGAGAAGAUCCCCAACAUAACAUGUUGUGUGGUGCAACUGCGACGGUGACUGACGACUCUGUGGGAAAGCUCGCAGAACCUGUGGGUCUGAUCCUUGCUCAGUUUGGCACACAAAUCCCAGUUGGCAGCAAAUUCAAAGCAGCUUUUCUUGAAGUGGCCAAUACAUAUGCUCUACAUGGAGACGCCGCCUUGAAGAAAGAUGUGUCUGAUUGGGCGGAGUAUCAGGGGUCGACCCUACGGGCACAUGUUGUCUACCUCAUCAGGCUUUGGAGGAAAACUCGUUCUAGAUCCAAGUCUGCCACGAUCCAAGCGCUGAAGGAUAUCCUCAACCAUGUGCAUCCUGCUGGCGGAACUGAUGUGUCUGCAGAUGGGGAUGCGGCUCGGGAUGGGGCAAGUGAGGCCUCUGCUCCAAGUGCGGCUGGGGAUGGGGCAGGUGAGGCCUCUGCUCCAAGUGUUGCUGGGGAUGGGGAAGGUGAGGCCUUUGCUCCAAGUGUUGCUGGGGAUGGGGAAGGUGAGGGGGUCUCUGUUGCAAGCGCGGCUGGGGAUGAGGCAGGUGCUGCUUCUGAAGACGCUAGCGCGGCUGAUGGGACAGGUGCUUUAGGAGAUGCUGUUCCUGCUGCAAGUCUAGAGGAGUAUGGGGCGGGGGGUGGCAAGGUGGGGAACGGCGAUGGGCUGGAAGGUGAGGCUGCUGCUGAGCCAAGUGGAUCUGUUGAGGCUGUUGUGGCAAGCGCUGACGAUGGUGGGUCUGCUGCUGUGAUGGAUGCUGGGGAACAUGUGGCACAGCAAUUGGCAGGCUGCAGGCCUUCCGCCACGGCCUCAUCAGCUGUGGAUCUGAUGGAGACUUUGCCUUUGGUGCCUCCCGGUCUCGAAGCUGAGGAGUCUACAGGCAUUGAGCUAGAGGCUGAUGCGGUUGACCCUGACAAGAACACUCCCGAGGAGUCCUUGAACGAUCGCAUUGAAGCUCCCGCUGUUCGACCUAGGCGAUCUCGGGCGAAGAAGGAUGCGGCAGAGCAGAAGGCUGAGACUGGCCGUGGUCGCGGACGCGGUCGCGGACGCGGCCGUGGGAAAGGAAGGGGCAAGGGUGAGGCUGAGGGUGGGCAUGGUUGCACGGAUCCUCCCGAGAGCCACCAGGCUUCUGGAUCCAGUAACAAGGGCAAGGCUGCAGGCAAAGGUCAGGGCAGAAAGAGAAAGGCUCAGGAGAAAGCUCCACCAAAGGAGAGGGAGACCAAGACCAAAAAGACAACCGAUGAGAGCAAGCGUUAUGUGGUAGAUGAUGAAGAGAAAGCCUACAUCAUGUCACUGCUGCCGAGCUUGAACGAUUACAAGGUGGUUGUCUAUUUUACUCGUGGUGAUGUCACGGUUGAGAUGAAGCCCAACGAGUUUAACAAGCGGAAGCGAGACGUGGUGGCCCUGGAAAUGUUUUCAGGAAGCUCUGGCGUUUACUCUGCAUUUCGUCGUAGUGGCAUGACUGCAGCCCGCUACGAUAUUGCCUUGGAUGCGGACUCAAUGGAUUUUACAACAGUGUAUGGAUACAUCGUGGCCUUGCAGUACCUACUGCGAGUGCGAGUUGGGGGCCUCUUGUUUGGAGGACUUCCUUGCAGUCUUCACGUUUGGAUGUCCCGAGGGACGUCCAAAAAAACAAGGGCCAAUCCAAGGGGUCUACUGGGAGGAGGGCUCGGGUUCGCAGCUGAUUGCGUGAAGGUUGCAAACCUCAUAGCAGCUAGAUAUGCCAUUAUGGCAUUGAUAUCUCUGGUACGCAGCAUCUUUUGGUUGACCGAGCAACCGUCAUCAUCAGUGGCCCAGUUUCUACCGUAUAUUGUACAUGCACUUCACCCAGAUCAGAUGAUGGUUGGGUUUGCUGGGGCUGUCAUCCAAAGAAUGUGGAUGGGAUUAUUUGGACAUCGCUCAUUGAAGAGAACAGUACUAUGGGGAAAUUGGCCAUAUGCUCACCUCUUCUCCUUGCAGAGCCACAUCACGCGUGCAGACCGUGAGCGCUUUAAAUGGAACUCCGCUGGCAACACCACAAUUUCAAAGACCAGGGAUGGAAAAAAGAACGUGAGCGGUGGGAAAAAACUGAGAUCAACACAGGAAUAUCCAAUGCCUUUCUGCAGCAGAAUCGCAUCUUAUCACAAAAGGUACUGCAUUGAGCCUGGUACUAUUCCAAUGAGACCUGACCAACAAGAUCUUGAACACGGCCCACAUGGCUUUGUCACUUGGCGGGAAAACUGUAUAGCCAUCAGAGAACCAUUUGUGGACUUCUUGAAGGCUGAGAUGCAGCAGGGACGUUUCAAACCUCGAUGGCCGGACAAGGCUCCACCUGUGUUACCAAAAGCGUCUAUGACCCCGGUUCACGACAUCUUGGCCAAAGCCAGGGCUUUGGUGCAUCAGGCAGCAAAGCGAAAAGUGGGAGAUGACAGUACUACACCGCAGCCUUGUGUCUAUAAGGCAAAAGUUUCAGCACCAGCACCCUUGAACCCACCUCAGCUUGUGAAAGCCUGCCCACCCCCGCCUGCCAAAAGGGUUCGUGAGAAGUCAAGUGAGCCCCCCACAGCAGCAAAGUCUACAGGGAUCGUCAUGAAAGCUGUUCCUAUGCCCAGCAAGGCACAUGGGACCACUCCAGCAAAGGCAGCAUCACCCCCCAAGGUGCUAGGUUUGCCACCACCUCCCAAAGCUCUGUCGCCUGCUGUGACUGAGUCCAGUGAGUCGCCUGCUACAACCGCUUCAACUCCCAGCAGUGCAUCUCACCGAGUUCAGGAGCAUUUGGCCAAGGCCAAAGAGAUGAGGUUGGCCAAAGAGAGUAGUGGGGGGGCACCUCCCAAGCCUGUUGUCCCAGAUCCAACAAUGAGUCCUGUGCGUAAGUUGGAUGACUUUGAUGGUGAGAAUGAUGAUAAGAAACCCCAAGGGAUGCCCGAAGAUUUACAACAUGACGAACAUGGAUUCCAACGGUGUAAGACUGACACUACUUGGCCCUAUGAUGAGUAUGGUGUUGAUUUUGCUUGCAGCCAGCGGCAAUACUAUGGACUUCAGGGAAAGUCUUGGUGGCGUGAUGAUGGGUGGGGGAACCAAUGGGGCAAAAAUUGGUUUUGGGACCCUUACCAAGACCGCUAUGUUUGGACUUGGGGAUCUCGUGCGUGGAGCACUGAUAGCUUCUGGUCAGAACCCACUGAAGCUCACCCGUCUCCAUCCAGUCCCCUCCAAGCCAACGAUGUGCACACCAAGCUGGCAGCCCGUUUGCCUACUCAGCCCGAUCUGAGCACCCCAGCCCGCACAGAGGCAUCUGAAGCUUCUGACGCCAAGCCUGGGCAGGAGCAUGAUGCCGCCGAUCGUGCGGAAUCUGAGGAUGACGAAGGGGCAGAGUCAUGGCGACGGGAUAAGCAUGGCAAUGUCCUCAACCCCAACGCACUCUACAUGAGAUUUUAUCGACGCCUCCGCAAGAAGAACCCAGUUCCAACGGAGAUUGCCGAGAAAGUUGCGGAGUCAGAGAUUGGACAGCAUGGCAGGCAUAAGCUCCAUGAGCUCUACAUGGACUGGCUGGCUGCAAAGGGGGAAUGGGGUCCUUGUGUUAUGGCUAUCCGGUGCAGUAAAUCCAACACAACAGAUCAUGAAGAUCUUUACUCUUUUGUCUCCAAGCAAUUCCUGGAAGAGAAACUGGGGGCGGAACUCGCCAAAGAUCUCAUUCACCGUCACACAGAAGCUGAGAAGAAACUUCCUGCAAGCCAGAAAGGGAAGUUCAUCAGAUCGAACCCAGAUUUCCCGACCCGCGAAGAGCUGUUCACCUACAAGUGCUUCAUGGGUUCUGAUGAACGCAAACGUCGACGAUUCCAGAGCUCCGCAGAGGCGAACAACGCCGCGCACAAGCUCCAGACCGAUCUGACCCAACUUGAAGCCCAGUUGAUGAAUGCUGGAGUAGCCAAGGUGACUGCAGCUUACAAAGAUGCCCUGCUCAAAGAUCUGAAGGAGACCUCCAAGUCGCUUUCUCAGUCGAAGGAUAAGGCCGUGAAGUUCCUUGCGACUGCGGCUUCUGACGAUCAGUUUGAGCAGGCCGCCAAAGAUUUGAAGGCUGAGCUUCAGGAAGCUAAGAAGCUUGCUGAUAUGGUCAAGGGAUUGGUCAAGCCCAAGGACGCCAGCGCGAAGAGGAAGGCCAACAAAAAGUAG